AAUUUGUGUUUUGUUGAAACUAGUUUAACAAAACAAAACGAUAUAGGUAAAACGAUAGCUUGCCCUAUCAAAUUGUUAACAACAAAUCAUAAAAUUAACCCUGAAAUAAGAGAAACAAAAUCUUGUCGACUCUAGUGUUCAACUUCACCAACAUGAACCACAUGUCUAGAGCAAGCUUAAGAUUUUACAAGGGGAUGAGAAGUCUACCUGUGUUGAUGGACUCAAAAGGCUCAAGCGUACCCAUGAGCCAGCUCCAGGCCGCAGGAGCUGCCUCUUACCUCGACCACAUGUGCGCCUUGGACAUCGACUCCAAGGCAUCCUACAUUCGACUCUCCGGAAUCAUUUGUACCAUUGGACCUGCGUCAGUUUAUCCAGGCAGAUUGGAGCAGAUGAUUGAAACUGGAAUGAACAUUGCUCGGCUGAACUUCUCGCACGGGACUCAUGCUUACCACUCAAGUGUGGUUAAACAAAUCAGAGAAGCUGUGACCAGCUACAGUUCUAAGAUUGGAAUGACGUACCCACUUGCUAUAGCGCUUGACACUAAGGGACCCGAGAUCAGGACUGGUUUGUUGGCUGGGGGGCCCUCUGCUGAAGUGGAGCUGAAAAAGGGACAGUUGAUUACCAUAACAAAUGAGUCUGAAUACAAGGAAAAAUCCACAGAACAAAAUUUGUGGAUUGACUACAAAAACCUCAGCGAUGUGCUGAACGUCGGAAACAGAAUUUUCAUUGAUGAUGGAUUGAUCUCCUUAGUUGUAACGCAUGUUGGAGUUGACUACGCAAAAUGUGAAAUUGAAAACGGAGGUAUGUUGGGAAGCAGGAAGGGGGUGAACCUUCCGGGUAUCGCGGUUGAUCUUCCUGCAGUUUCCGAGAAGGACAAAGAGGAUCUUCAGUUCGGUGUGAAAGAAGGAGUAGAUAUGAUAUUUGCAUCAUUCAUCCGAGACGCUAAAGCUAUCACAGAGAUCAGACAAAUCCUGGGAGCAGAAGGCAAGAAUAUAAAAAUCAUUGCCAAGAUCGAGAACCACCAGGGCUGGCAGAAUCUUGAUGAAAUCAUCGAAGCUGCAGAUGGAAUCAUGGUAGCUCGUGGAGACCUGGGUAUUGAAAUCCCCCCAGAAAAAGUGUUUUUGGCCCAGAAGGCCAUGAUUGCUCGAUGUAACAAGAAAGGCAAGCCAGUGAUUUGCGCCACCCAGAUGUUGGAGUCUAUGAUCCACAAGCCCCGUCCCACACGUGCCGAGGGCUCGGACGUAGCCAACGCUAUCCUAGACGGAGCUGACUGUGUUAUGUUGUCUGGAGAGACAGCUAAGGGAGACUACCCUCUAGAAUGUGUGGCUACCAUGGCUAACAUCUGCAAGGAGGCAGAAGCUGCCAUCUGGCAUAAGCAACUCUUCGUUGACCUCACUUCUAAGGUGGUUGAGCCUCUAGAAGCGACACACACAAUCGCCAUCGCUGCCGUAGAAGCAGCCAACAAGUGCCAAGCUGCAGCCAUCAUAGUGAUCACCACCACGGGCCGCUCUGCGCAUCUUAUCUCCAAGUACAGGCCGCGUUGCCCAAUCAUCGCUGUCACUCGUCACGAGCAAAUUGCACGCCAAUGCCACCUAUACCGUGCCAUUCUGCCCCUCAUCUACUCAGGCGAUUUGAAUCCCGAUUGGGUGAAGGACGUGGACUUCCGAGUACAGUUUGGUCUCAGAUUCGGCAGGACCCGUAACUUCAUCAAGACCGGAGACCCGGUGAUUGUCGUGACUGGAUGGAAGCAGGGUGCUGGCUUCACCAACACCGUCCGCAUCGUGACUGUGGAGUGAUCACCUCUUGUUUGGGAAAAAUGAGGCAACUCAACCGACUCAGGAUAAAUUGUUAAGUUUCUGGAAGCAUAGCUAUUUUAUAACCAUCAUUAUCCAACUAUAGUCAGUUGAAUGUAUGUUUAGUAUGAAUGUGAACCAUUAUUGUUUAUAUAGGUGUACUAUAUUGUUAAAAGUAUUUCAUGUGAUAUAAAUAUUAUUACUGUAUCAAGUUA